AUGUACUACAUCCUCUACCUGGCGAGCCUCUGCCGUCGUCGCCGCUGGCCGGAACCCCUUUACGAACCCUAUGGUGGAACCUCAGGGUUCACGUGUGUAGUUCGCGUCAAUAAUCGCGAAUACCAGACCGACACUUUCUGCGAGACAGAGAUGCUUGCGCGUGAGAAGGCGGCUAUGAGGGCAUACCUUAUCUGUCGCAACUUCUCCGUCAACGAUGGAAUGUACCCUGCCGGUCACGAUCACGGAGGGAUCGUACAGGGGAUUCCAGUUGCCAUUGGCACAGGUCGAAGGACUCGCUAUAGCGACGCAGACUCGUCAAUGAGUGAUGGAAGCCGAAGUGGGGGAAGUAGUCCACAAAGCUGUGAAGCGGAUCGGAUUGGCGCAGAUCGCCAGGGUUCUGUACCAACCAGAGCUCUUCACUUCGAUCCUCGUACACUCUGA